AUGCUUAGGUGGCUGGGUCCUACCAAAGUUUCUGAAAGACAAGAGGCUGCACCUUCUAUCAAAAAUGGCAAACAGGAAAACGUUACUGACGAUCCAUUGGCCACCAUAAAAACCGGAGAUAAGGGACAGAAAAAAGUUUAUUCUGUUAGCAGGUCAGUCCAAUUACCAAGGGUAUCUCUCAAGAAUUGCACUUUUCCUACUGAUGACACAUCUAUCGUUAGGGGUGGAGGAACCAAUCCGUUGUUUCUUGAUAAUCCUAGUACCGGACAUGAAAAGCCAUACACAUAUCACUCCAGGCCACCUCGUUCCAGAGAAAAAUCAUCGUCAUCAGGAUAUGGGGAUAGUAACACUGGAAGCGUACUAGAUCCGUAUCAGGAGCAUCUAAAACUUAUGGAGGAAGUGGGCGUUUUACUCGAGCAAAAUCCAGCAUUUGUAAAAUCGAUCAAAGUAUCUACUCGUAGUGCAAAACCCAACAAAUCAGUGCCAUUUCAUUCUUCAUCUGCUGGAGACACCCUUACAACUAUUCCAGAAGGUAAAGUUGAUCUCCCUGUGCCAAAACCUAUCUGGCCACUUCACGACAAAAAACUGCUAGACCAAUAUGACUCCAUAGUUGAUGACGCUCUUCUCCUGUAUACAAGCUUAAACUAUCACCCGGAUAAAGUAAAACCUCUAGAAACCUGCAUUGAUAUUUCUGUAAAGGAUUUGCUUUUGGAAAUUCUGAAUGGAAUUAAUGAAACCUUAGAAGGUAGAAACGCAACACCACCUGAAAAUAUGCUUAAGAUUAUCGACGAAAGAAUACGACUUAAACUUGAUACCCUGAGAGCAUCAACCGAAGAAGAAAUGAAGAGACUUUGUGUGAAUCUCACCAAUUGCCGUAAAAAGAACUCCGUCAUACGAGCUUUAAGCAAUUCAACUUCUAGCGGUAACUCCAGUAAAACUUCCAGUAGUAGGAAUAGAACCAUAUCUUCGGAAACUGAGGAUGCCUAUGAAGUCCCUUCAAGAUCAUCGAGUAGUGGUUUUAGUGAUUCUUUAAAGGACCAUCAAAAUUUGCCUGUGUUUAUUCACGAUAAUCUAGUUAGUGUACCAAAUAUAGUAAGAAACGCUUUAAUCUACGGAACUUUAUGUAGGGCGAAAAUGGGAAACGAGGGCCUUCUCAAAAAGUCGAAGAAAAUCGGUACGUAUCCUAAGAAAACGUUAUUGAAGUCUGCUAGUGACAACAGGCCCAGUGUUUGGGAGCAAUACUAUGGUGUAAAGGCGGUCGAAGAAGGAGAAGUAAGAUAUCCAACUAAACCAACGGAUGUGCCUUUAUAUCCUGGUGGUCGACCCGAAGCAGAUUUCACGUUGGAUGUGCCACGAUCUGAACAUCUCCUAAAACGAAUGCAAAACGACAAGAAGUGGCGAUGCCGAUGUAGACUUCUUACUUCCUUUUUUGGCAUCGUAUUUUUCUUGUUAUCCGUAAUGGCAGUCAGCCUGAUCCUCACGAGGGGAAAGAGGAUGUUUGGCUCAAUGGUGUAG